AUGGCAAGCAAAGAGACAAAGCAUAGCAUUGCUGUUGUUGGUGGUGGUUUGGUGGGAUCAUUGAACACGUGUUUUCUAGCAAAGAGAGGCUUUGAAGUGCAUCUGUACGAAUAUAGGGAAGACAUCAGAACACUGGAGCAUGUGCAGGGCAAGAGUAUCAACCUGGCACUCGCAGAGAGAGGGCGCCACGCACUGAGAAAGCUUGGCAUUGAGCCAAGGUUAAUAUCAACUGGUAUCCCCAUGUACUCACGUAUGAUACACGACCUUGACGGCAAAACAAGGGUGAUCCCAUAUGGCCAGCAGCACCAGUAUAACUUAUCGAUGGACCGCAGGAAACUAAAUGAGGACCUUCUCACACAGGCUGAGAGUUUUCCCAACGUUCACCUUUAUUUCGGCUACAAGCUCGUCUCCUGCGACUUUGAAACUAAUAACAUGACAUUUGAGAGGCCGGAUGGCACGACAGAAUCUGCCUCAGCUGAUUUCAUCAUAGGCUGCGAUGGGGCCCACUCCACUCUGCGUUCACAGAUGAUGAAGCGAGCUAUGUUCAACUAUAGCCAAGAAUAUAUCCCUCAUGCCUACAAAGAAAUAUGCCUGAGACCUCUGAAUGGACAAUUCGCUAUGGAAGUGAAUCACCUGCACAUAUGGCCAAGAUCAAAGUUCAUGCUCAUUGCUCUGCCAAACCAGGAUAAGACAUUCACCUGCACGGUGUUCAUGCCGUGGGAUAACUUCAGCGUUAUCAAGUCAGAGGAAGAGUGCAUCCAAUUUUUCAAUGAAAUGUUCCCAGAUUUUAUCAAGCUCAUGGGCGAAAAGAAUUUGUUGCUAGAUUACUUCCAGUUGCCACCUCAGCCUUUGAUAUCUGUCAAAUGUUACCCAUACCAUAUAGGAAGUUCUGCAGUAAUUAUGGGCGAUGCGGCGCAUGCAAUGGUACCUUUUCAUGGACAAGGAAUGAACUGUGGAUUUGAAGACUGCCUCGUCUUUGACAAUAUUCUGGAAACAACUGGAAACAAUUUUGAAAAGGCUAUAGUGGAGUUCACACAAAUGCGAAACAAGGAUGCAGCAGCCAUCUGUGACCUCUCCAUGAGGAACUAUCUUGAGAUGAGAGACCAUGUGAAUCACGUUUCAUAUUUGCUAAGAAAGAAAUUAGACAACCUCUUGCACUUUGUGUGCAAAAAUAAAUGGAUUCCUCUGUACUCAAUGGUGAUGUACACCAACAUUCCUUAUCACAAGUGUGUAGAGUAUCGCGAAUGGCAGGAUAAGGUUCUGGAUCGAAGCAAUACUGUACUGAAGGUAGCCAUGGUAACAGGAGGGGGGAUUCUGCUGUGGAAAAACUGGUCCAACAUAAUGAACUUCAUCGAUGAUUUUGCAUACAAGAUAAAACACUGAAUAGAUUCAUGCUUACUUUCAGUUUGUCAUGUUAUAGAGUGUAAUGAUGAUGCAUUACAUUUCAAUUUCACAAAUAUUGGGCCACUUGUAUGACACGUUUGUUAUGUUAAUGGUAAUAGUCUGAGGAAAUAAUCUAUCAGUGAAAUCCUGUAUUUGAUAUACAAAUUGAUUAGAUUGUUAAACAUUUCGGGUUAAAUAUUAUACAGAUUUUUUUUAUUAACAAUAUUGCUGAAUACAGAAAAUUGAAAAUGUGCAAAAAUAUUCAAUUAUACCCAAUGGUACAAGUUUGAUUUUGUCUUAACAGACCUAGAUUUUAACCUUUAUGGGAAAAAUUCCACAUAUGCAAUUGCACUUACAAACAUAUUUUUCAUUAACUAGUGAAUAAUGGGGAAAUAUAAAGCAAGUAGUGACGGUCCAGGAAUGGAAAAUAUCGCAGUCAGCACGUAGUUUGAAGCCAAUGAGGAAGUUGACAAUGAAGGGGUACGUGGGGAAAAUGGAAUCGCUCCACACAGUCAAGACCAAAGUCUACAUAAAGCCACCUAGCUGAGCCUCUCUCAUCCACUGCUUCGAACUUAUUAUUGUUAAACUCGUCCUCACAUUCUCUUACCAUUCCUCCCCGCAUUAGUCAAUUAAUUGUGACCAGGUGAAAAAACAUCUUUGCAGGGCCACACAACCAAGAAAUCUAACCUAGGGUAAGGUAUAUUAUAUACCUCAUCGGAAUAACCUACAGUAUAUACAGAGCAAUACUGAUAGGAGUGCUUAGGGGGCUUAUGAAAUACAACGGUACUGUCUAAUAUACUAUGAGCAUAUACCUGGUAGUGGGGAGUAGUAUGAAAUCUUUUUUCCCCUUCAAUUUGGGAUCCGUCCAAUGCAUUGUACCGUUUUAUAAACUGCCAAGUACAGUAAAUCAUUUGGGGUGAAAGCCUAGAUUUGCAAGAUUCUGAUCUUGGUCUGGUAGGACAAACUUGUACAGUUAUGCCUUAGGUAUUGUUAUUAACCAACUGUGAUAUUAAUCUUAAGAUGUAGCUCAUAUCGAAACAUUUUUCUGUAUAAUGUGUAGAAACAUUUUCAGUACCAAAUAAGUACUUUUAUGGAUCAAUUUGAUUAGUGUAUUAUUAGAAUAGAAAUUUUUUUACAUCAUGAUAUACAUUUUAUUAAUACGUGGUAACUUGGUGCAUAAUAAACAAUGUCUAAACUGAA